UGCGUAAGCCGGUGCCCUGACAAGUACACGAUUGAGCCGGAAUUAAAUUUAAUUUAAUAUAAUAUUAAUUAAAUAAAUAAUUUAUAAAUUAAAAAAUAAAUUAAUUAAUAAAUUAUUAAUUGAAUAUUAAUAAGUUUGUAUAUUUAAAAAUGUACCGUUGGGUGAUUAUACUGCACUGUGUUGCUGUUAUACAUGCGCGGCACUUCAGGAGUGACUACACGUAUUACCACGAACUGAACGGAUGGAUGAAACUUCAUCAGAUGCCGACGACAUGGGACGACGCUCGACAGCGAUGCACUCUAGAAGGUAGUGUCUUAGCGUCGCCGGUGAACAAUGAACUCCUGCAGGCAAUGAAGAUAGUGAUCGGCCAGAGCAGGGCGAAGCGCGGCGUGUUCACUGGAGUCAGCGACAUCUUCUCUCCAGGAGACUUCUUCUCUGUAGAAGGAAUUCCCAUUGGCAAGAUCUCAGCGGACUGGGCCCCCAGCGAGCCUGAUAACAAGAAGAAUGAGGAGCAUUGCAUCGCCAUGCUGCCCAACGGGACCAUAGCCGACGUCAACUGCAACGAGCCCUACCCAUACAUCUGCUUCAAGCAGAAUACACCAAACAUGCCAACGCCAUACCACUGUGGAACUGUUGAUCCUGAAUACAAGUUAGAAAGCCGGACUGGUAGUUGCUACAAGUUCCAUCGCAUAGGUCGGCCCUGGCCCGGAGCAUUCAAGACCUGCGUCGCGGAAGGAGGACAUCUGGCGAUCAUCAAUAGCGACACAGAGGCUCAAGUCCUCAAAGAGAUGUACGCUAAGAACCCAGAUAACAUAGUUAAAGCUAAAUAUCCGCACGUAGCUUCCAUUGGAUUCAACAAGUGGGGAGAGACCUCUUCGUAUUCUUGGUUGACUAUUCAUGGGCAAACGUUGCAAGAAGCUGGCUACGAGGUAUGGGAGCCGAACACACCAAAUAACGCUACUCCAGGAGAGUACUGUGGCAGCAUAUACCGAUCAGGCAAGCUCAAUGACAUGAGAUGCCAUGAAGCCAUACCUUUCUUCUGCGAAAAACUUCCUGGGAGCUUGAUCGAGAAUGAACAGGAUAGUGUUACCGACAUUAAUUCAAACUGAUGUAUUCUUUAUUUUACAAAAAGUGGAUGCUCGUCUUGGCCGGGCCCUACCGUGUCCCCAGAUUGAAAUUUACUAUUUAUAUAACACCGUCGAUACUUUCUUAACCUCUUUAAGAGGCAGAAUUGUGGCAAGAGCAAAUCCAAUUGAUUAAUAAAAUAUUAAAACUGCGUAUUAAAAAUA